AAUGCCAAAGUAAAUAUGGUAGGCUUGCUUCUAUUCUUUUCUAGGUUCAUGUCUUUGGCUACUCCUUUAUUUCUCAACUCCUCCAACAAAGCUAGAUUGCAUCACCUCCCUCUGCCCGUUGAUCAUAUCUACCUCAGCUAUUACUUCCCCACCUUAUAGCUCGAAAUCAAUUACUGAUCAUUUUAGGUGAAAUAAUAGUUUUGGACACGUGUUUUCGGGCAAAGAAGAAGUGCGAGAUAGAGAGAGGAGGCUGGUCUUUGAAAAGAGAAGAAGAGGGAUAUUUAUGAAUUCCUUGAGUGGGUCUGUGGUGACACUCAUGGAUAACAUUGAUCCUUGAAAUUGUCGAGAAAGUACACAAUUGUAGGUUUUCUGGUGAAAUUGGGAAAAGAGUCAAAGACCCAGUUCAGAUGUUAGCGUACAAAUUGUUUUAGUUGCGAUGAGUUCAGGAAAUGUGGGGCGGCUGCCAUUGAUGAAUGUUGUUAAAUUUAAGGGAGUGCCAAUUCUGCAGCAAUUGCAUUUGGAGGAACGGUUGGUCAGGACUUCACCUCAAAACUGGUGCAUUGUAAAUGAUGGAACCAAUGAACCCACAAUUGUCAUGGGUAUUUCAGGAAAACCAGCUGAACUUCUUGAAAUCGGUUCUGUUUUGCAAGACAAGAUUCAAGUAGUAAAGAGGUUUACUGGAGGAGGCACUGUAAUAGUCUAUCACGGGACAGUAUUCCUCUCCUUCAUAUGCAAUAAGAAUGUUGUCCCUACUGUACAACCAUAUCCUAGGCCCAUCAUGUCAUAGAGCAGCCAACUCUAUAGCAAGGGGUUUCAAGGAGGUGGGGAUUUCUCUCUUCGUGAAAAUGGUACUUUUCUGCUCCAGGAUUAUUUUCAUUGUUGAAUGUCUAGCUUUUUGCAGGAAGAGUUGCAGGUUUUCUCCAAGAACCAAACCCCCUUAUCAUUUUUCCUUGGAUCUUGUGUUUCCGGCUUACCACAA